GAGGGGAUGAGAGAGAGGGAGGGAGGGAGGAAGACUUUUUAUUUCCAAUUCCAACCUCUGUCCUUCACUCGUUUUCUGAUUUUGACCCGGAAUACAGGCUGGAAUUAAGCCGACUUUCCCUGAAAUGCACGCACAUCACCGGUAAUAACAGACUGGAUUUAUAUAAUUAAUGGACUAAUAGACAACACAGAACACCUUUUCCAGUAAAGGAUUCAACCUAAAGGUCCACUGGUCGUCAUGCUGUAAUUGUUGGAUCUAAACUCAGUAAAUACACCUUCCACACUAGGUUUAAACCUACUGUUCCACGAGUUGGCUAACAGACACCCUUGCCUCCAAUUUUUCAUGAUGUGACUGGAUCUAGAGGUGACCAUCUCACCUACUAUGAUGGAAUCUGGUCUGUCACCUUUCACAGACCCUCUCCACCUCAAUAACAGCAACAACAGCUGGAGCGGCCUCCCCGAUGGUGAUUCACUGAGGAGCAAUCACACCCUGACCCUGCAUGAGCGCUUUCACAAUGCCCUGCUGGGGGUCUUUCUGGGACUUCUUUCUCUCCUCACAGUCAUAAUGAACCUGCUCGUCCUCUACGCCGUGAAGAAAGAGAAGAGCCUCCACACUGUUGGGAACCUCUACAUUGUCAGCCUGUCUGUGGCAGAUCUAAUCGUGGGGACCACAGUUAUGCCUCUAAAUUUGGUGUAUUUGUUGGAGGAUGAAUGGAAGCUGGGGCGGGCUGUCUGCCAGUUUUGGCUCAUUAUGGACUACGUGGCUAGCACAGCCUCAAUUUUCAGCUUGUUUAUCCUGUGUUUGGAUCGGUAUCGCUCUGUCAGACAGCCGCUUAAGUACCUGAAAUAUCGCACGCGGGGAAAAGCCAGCGUGAUGAUUUCGGGUGCCUGGCUGCUGUCGAUGAUGUGGAUUAUUCCUAUUUUAGGAUGGAGGUCUUUUACUCAUGUAGACCUUAAACCCGAGGAGGAGAACAAGUGUGACACAGAUUUCCGCUUUGUCACAUGGUUUAAGGUUAUUACUGCUGUCUUCAACUUCUAUGUACCCUCAAUUUUGAUGCUUUGGUUUUACACACACAUCUACUUGGCAGUAAGGCAACAUCUGAGGGACAGAGAGAGAAUCAUUCAUCCAACAGAUUCAUUUGGGGAAAAUGAGAAUGGACAAAAUGCUCAAACACCCGUGAAAAGUGACUCCAAAUCACCCAAGAGGGAAUGUGAGGUUCCACUGACACUCUCUAAAAAACAACGGCUGUUGGACCAGAACACCCUAGAUCAGACAUAUUCCCUUGAGGAUGGCAAUAAAACUAAAACCGCUUCAUCUAGAUCUCACAGAAAAAUUGGUGUAAAGUGCCAGCAGACGUCAUUUCUUGCCAUGACAACAAAACGACUCAGAAUGGCAAAAAAGGCCAAAAGGUGCUCCUUGUCUCCUGAGGAGAAGCAGUCAGACAUUGAGAUUCCCCUGAGUCGACCUUCGGUGCCACAGGACGUAAUUUGCUCAGAGGGGAAUAACGAGAACAAACUUCAGGCAUCUUUAAAUGAAUGUCACGUCACAGUGCCAAACUCAGUGAGCGGUGUCUGUGAUAUCAGUCAGGUUUCAGACAUGCAGAGAUAUACCUCUGUGCUCUACAACAAUUAUGACCCCAGUCAGGCUCUGCCUUGGACUGAGGAAGGGGUUGAAGAUGACAAACUGGACCCGGCUAAUGCGGUGACCCUGAGACAGACUUGGCAAAAGUUUAUUGACCAAUCACGUCAGCGUAUCCAAAGUCUGAGGAUCCAUAAGGAGCAUAAGGCAGCCAAGCAGUUGGGCUUUAUAAUUGCUGCUUUCUUGUUGUGUUGGAUACCGUACUUCAUUGCUUUCAUGGUCAUGGCGUUCUGUAAAGAAUGCGUGCACCAUGACCUACACAUGUUUACCAUAUGGUUAGGUUACAUCAACUCCACUCUCAACCCUUUUAUAUACCCGCUCUGCAAUGGGAACUUCAAACGAGUCUUCAAAAAUAUUCUGAACAUUCGUUUGUGACAAAGCCUAGCAGAACAAAAUCAUAGGUAUCUAAAUGCUGUUGAUAUUCACAGAUAAGAACAGGAAAACUGUUGCAUCAAUUAAAUUAAAUUAAACAUCCUUGCAAGGGUGAGCUUUAGAUUAAACUGUAAAUGUAUUUUGAGCAUCAUUUAUUUCUGUUUGUUCUUAGAUCUUAUUUUUGUAACUUACUGCCCUCCGAUUCAGACUCAUGGCAACAGUUGAGGAUAAUGUUUGAAUUUGAUGUUAUUUAUUUUGUCUAUGUUAUGCUAACGAUAAUAAAAUGAGUCUAGGACCAGAGUCCUUUAAACUCAAAAGAAUUUGAUCUUUCACCCUCGGAAACGGGAGCAUGAAUCUACUGUCGUGGCCCUGGUCCAGAAUGGAGUAAGGGGCUGGUAAAGGAAAUGUGUUUUUAAAGAAAAUCUUUUUUAUUUAUUUAUUUUUGUGCACUAUCAAUAGAUAGAACCAGAGAUGUGACAUGAUACAGUAUGGUCCUGAAAU